AAACCUAUGGGGAUGAUCCUGUUUCCAACCAGAACAUCCAGUACUUCCUCGAUCGCUUCUACCUGAGCCGAAUCUCCAUCCGCAUGUUGCUCAACCAGCACACACUGCUCUUUGAUGGCAGCACCAACCCUGCACACCCCAAGCACAUCGGCAGCAUCGACCCCCACUGCAACGUGGCCAACGUGGUGAGAGAUGCCUACAACAUGGCCAAGCUCCUGUGUGACAAGUACUACAUGUCCUCACCUGACCUGGAGAUCGAGGAGGUGAACGCCAACAACUCCCAGCAGCCCAUCAGCAUCGUCUACGUCCCCUCACACCUCUACCACAUGCUCUUUGAGCUCUUCAAGAAUGCCAUGAGAGCCACCGUGGAGAGCCACGAGAACAGCCCACGGCUCCCUGCCAUCAAGGUGAUGGUGUCCCUGGGGCAGGAAGACCUUUCUAUCAAGAUGAGUGACAGGGGCAUGGGUGUCCCUCUGAGGAAGAUCGAGCGUCUCUUCAGCUACAUGUACUCCACAGCUCCCACCCCCCAGCUCAGCACUGGGGGAGCCCCACUGGCUGGAUUUGGCUAUGGCCUCCCCAUCUCUCGCCUCUACGCCAAGUACUUCCAAGGGGACCUGCAGCUCUUCUCCAUGGAAGGCUUUGGCACUGAUGCUGUCAUCUACCUAAAGGCUCUGUCCACAGACUCAGUGGAGCGUUUGCCCGUGUACAACAAGUCUGCAUGGAGGCACUACCAGGCCAGCCAGGAGGCAGGAGACUGGAGUGUGCCCAGCACUGAGCCCAAGAACACCUCCACCUACCGUGUGCCCUAG